GUUUACAUUAUAUAUGAUAUUAUCACAAAUAUAAUAUAAUAUUGCGUUUAUAAUAACUGAAACGAAGUAAUUAUUUUAUCGUAAGAAACAGUAGAAUAAGUAAAAGACCGCGCGUUUGAAAAUGGUUAAAAGUUUCCCGGACCAGAAAGAAUAUUUAAAAAAAUAUCUUUCUGGAAAUAAACAAAAAGUUAAGAAAAGUAAAAAUUCUCGACGAUUAGCCAAAGGAGUAAAGUUAAUAGACGAUGAUGAAGCAAUUAAGUCUAUUGGUGUCGAUGACGAUGAUUUGGUACUUGAAGGAGAAGAUGCCCCACAAAUAAUAUUAGGAGAAGGAGUGGAACCAUCUGCUAUUAAAACCUCUAUUAAGUGGAAAAAAACAUUAUUAGUAGAAGAAAAACCUGAAAUACCAAAAUUUUUAAAAAACUUCUCUACCGUAGAACUUCCAAAAGUUAAAAACAGCAAUGAAUAUAAAGCUGAAACAUUAAAAGAUAUGCAUUUGUAUGCAAAUGAUGAAAAUUUCAAUAAAAAAAAGGAGUUUCUUCAAGAAGAUCAAUCUCCUCCAAGAAAAAGAACAAAUAUUUGUAAAACAAACGAGUACAAUAGAAAAAGUUCUCCUUUAAGAAAACUGGAUCGAGAAAAAUAUUUGCCAAAAGAAGAAAGCUCAAAUAGCGACUUAUCACCUGAAAGAAGACGAAAAUCUGAAAAGGGAAGAUCUUAUAAGGGAAAGAAUUCUAAAAAAUUGGAAAAAGAUACAAACUACAGCAGUGAUAUUUCCCCACCAAGAUUGGUUGAAAGAAGAUCGUCUAAGAGCAAAGAUUUAAAAAAUGAGAAAAUAACAUUUCGAAGCAAUCAUUCAAAUAAAAUAAGAAGAAGUAACUCUUCGGAUAGACAAAGCUCCAGCAUGAAAUUCUCUUCUAAAAAUGAACAUCGUUUACGCAAGUAUGAAAAUGAUUUUGAAAAUGUAACUGAAAAACCAAAUAACAAAUAUCGAUCAUCUUUUACGAAAGGCGAAGUAUCAAAACCUUAUCAUGAAAAGAAUACAAAAAUGAUCAGCGGCAAGGAUUCUGGGUUAAGAACCGCAAAGGAUCUUGCAGAAGAAAUGAAAAUAUUUCGAAAGAAAGAGUCAGAAAUGUUCAGCAAAUUAUCAACUUGUGCAGACAAAUUUUCUGAGCCAACUAUCAGGUCAAACGUACGAAAUAAAAUUGAAACAGAAGACGAAAAAAUUAUAAGAAAAAGAAAAGAGGAAGACAGUGAGAAAAAGCAAAAAGUGUACAACUCAUGGGGUAAAGGUCUGAAGCAAAUUGAAAGUCAUAAAACAAAAUUAAUUGAAGAAGAAUAUGAAAGUAGUAAACCUUUAGCCCGUUACGCAAACGACAAAGAUCUUGACGAUAUGCUAAAACAAGUAGAAAGAGAAGGUGAUCCAAUGUUAGAAUACCUACGAAACAAAAAAGAAAAAGAAAGAGUUAAUAAAAGAAAUCCAGAAGUACCAAUUUACAACGGCAGCUAUUCGGAAAAUCGUUUUGGAAUUAGGCCAGGAUAUAGAUGGGAUGGGGUUGACAGAUCCAAUGGUUACGAAAAAAAGUAUUUUGAAAAGCAGAGUGUGAAAAAAGCACAAGAAGAAGAAGCCUAUCGUUAUAGUACAGAAGAUAUGUAAUUGAAAGAAGCUAAUAGGUUUAUUAAAAAAUUCAUUGCAAAUAUGCCUUACACACAUUCCAGUUAUAAAUAAAAACGUUUGAUUUAAACUAAGACGGAAAUUCACAAAAGAACUAUCAAAUUCUUCUUUGGAAAUAUCCAACUUAGAAUUCAAAUGUAGAGCAAGAACAUUAAAACUGAUACCUGCAGAAAAAUGAAGCAAAUUUAGAAAUUUAAAUUUCUAUUUAAUUUAAAAAUUAAAUAGAAAUUUUUUUAAUAAUUUUCAAAUAGGCUGUAAAGGCAUUCUUACCUUAUUGAACAUUUAAUUUUCUUUACAUAACACAACGUUUAAUUAUCAAAGAGGCGGCAAAUAUAAUUCUUUUAACUGAAAUCAGAACACCUAUAAAAUCUGAUUUAAAUAAAGAAAUCCAAGCAGUA